GAAAAAGGUUCAAUAAAUGAGGCAGUUAAACUAAGAAGGCAAAACGUAUGACACUGAAUUUCUGAGAGAACAAUAAAGAUUCUUAAAAUGAAAACAAUUGUAUUGUUCCUGCUUAUGCUAACAUGUACAUUGAAGAGCAGCAGGGGAGAAAUAAUAGAUGGUAUACAAAAGACCUACAGAGUAACACAAGUAAAUAAUAACAAUGGAGCUGGGUCAAGCUCAGCUGUGUCCUACAAUGUUGCACUCCUUGAUUUUGUGAAAGAUAACAUGACAUGGACUGCACCACAGAACUACUGCAGGAAUAGAGCUGCAGAUUUGGUAACUGUCUAUAAAGAAGAAGAUAUUGGGCAACUCCUAAACAAUUCAAAAAUCCAAGAAUUUUGGAUUGGGUUGCAUUGUGAUAGUAGCAACUGGCACUGGUCAGACGGGGAAAAACUUACAUAUUCAAACUGGGACAGAGACUUGUUCUGUGCUUUUGCUCAGUCCAAUGGAUCCUGGAGUGAUUCAGUCUGUAAUGAAAAUAAAACUUUUAUAUGCUACAACAAGACUGGAAACAUCAUGGAAGCAUAUUUCUGGAUAAAUACGUCUAUGAAUUGGAGCAGAGCUCAGAACUACUGUCGAGUGAACUACACUGACCUGGUCAGUAUAAGAAAUGAGACUGAAAAUGAGGCGAUGAGGAAGAACGCACAGGGGGACAACUUCUGGAUUGGUCUGUUCAACAACCCUUGGAAGUGGUCUGAUGGAGGGAAUUCAACAUUUCGAAACUGGAAUAUUGGUAAUCCAGACAAUUGCAAUCAUAUUGAAAAGUGUGUGGUAAAUACCUUUCAACGGAAUGUCCCUACCUGUAAUGAGAAUGGCAACAAUUGUGGGAAAAAUAACUCUCAAGCAAAAGGAUGGAAUGAUGCUAACUGCAAUAACAUGAAGACCUUUUUCUGUACCAACAGAACUAAUGUUUCCACCUCAUAUUACUUUGUGUCAACGCCAAUGUCCUGGGAUGAUGCUCAGAAGUAUUGCAGAGCCAACAACACUGACCUGGUGACAGUUGAGAAUGAAACAGUAAAUUCGGAGCUGCUAAAUAUAUCAGACAAUAGAAGUUGGAUUGGUCUCCGGCAUGAAACUAACCACUGGUACUGGUCCAAUGGAGAUCCUGUCGCCUACACAAACUGGAUACAUAACUUUUCUUGUGCUGUGUUCCAGGCAGACGGCUCUUGGAAUGACUCAGACUGCAAUCAACAGAAACCUUUCAUGUGCUAUAAAGAAUCUAUCAACAUUAGUCACACAUACUUCUGGAUAAAUGAGAAUAUGACCUGGAGCAAAGCUCAGAAUUACUGUCGAGUGAACUACACAGACCUGGUCAGUAUAAGAAAUGAGACUGAAAAUGAGGAGGUAAGGAAGUGGUCUGAUGGUAGAACAUCGUCCCAUCAGAACUGGCAACCCCAAGAACCAGAUAACUUUCAUUACCAAGAAACAUGUAUGAAGGUGAAUACAGAUGGGCAAUGGAGCAACAAGGACUGCAAAUCCAAUUAUUCCUUCUUUUGCUCCCAGAAUGUCAUGAAUGUGACCUUUGUUAAUAAAAAUGUAACUUGGGAAGAAGCCCUGGACUACUGCAUAAAGGUGGGCUCUAGUCUCAUCAGCAUCACAUCACAGACGGAGCAGGAAGCAUUAGCCGCACUGCUGCACACCACAAAUUCAUCAACCAUAUGGCUGGGGCUGAGACAAAGCCGCCUGUUUGGAUUCUGGUUUUGGGUGGAUGAGAGACCCUUGAGUUAUGAGAACUGGGCCAAUGGUAACCACUUAAACCUCUCUAACUCACAUCAUUGUGCCGCCACUUCAAAAACAAAUUUCACUUGGAUUGAUGUUUCUUGUUCAGACAGUCACUCCUUCAUUUGUAAGUCUCCUUUGAACAUAAAUUAAAAUCUUCUAGUUGUAUUUACUUUUAUAUA